GUGUUCAUUGGUGGCUUCCUUCCGACGCUCGAUCUAGGUCAGGAGGUAAAGAAAGAAAUGGGGAAAGUUCUAACGAUGAACUUCAGUUUCUGAUUGUCAAAUGGAGAGAGAAAAUCGCGAAAGGAAAGUAUGGAAAACGAACUUAGACUUCACAGUCCAGUUGGAGCGGAGCCAGUUGUUUACACAUGGCCUAUAUCGUCCUCGGAUGGCAAGGAAGGGGCCACGGAGGUCAUAGAUACGAUACGAUGGGUAGCGGCAGAUGUUACAGAAUUGAAGUCGGCACUCAACAACCACAUCUUACAGGAGUAUGACGUUAACAGCUUUGAAAGCAUGAAAAAUGUCUGUGACAAAUACAACAGGACGAUUGACAGCAUUCGACAACUUUGGAAAGGUACGAGUCGACAGAGUGAGCUGGCUGGUCGUCCAUCUACCGGUCUGUUGAAGCACAUACUACAGCAGUGUUAUAACCAGGCGGUCAGUGACCCUGAGAGACUGAACCAGUAUGAACCGUUCUCACCUGAGGUGUAUGGGGAGACUUCCUUUGACCUGGUGGACCAGAUGAUACAAUCCAUCAAUUUCACUGAGGAUGACUACUUCAUUGACUUGGGCAGUGGUGUUGGACAAGUAGUUCUACAAGUAGCAGCUGCCACUCAGUGUAAGAUGUGCUACGGAAUAGAGAAAGCAGAAUUCCCAGCCAAGUAUGCUGAGACAAUGUCCUCAGAGUUUGAAAAGUGGACUAAAUGGUAUGGGAAAGAUCAUGGGCAGUAUCAGAUAGAGAAAGGGGAUUUCCUAAUUGAGGACGUGAAAGAUAAAAUCAACAAUGCCACGGUGAUAUUUGUUAACAACUUUGCGUUUGGACCACAAGUUGACCAUCAGCUGAAACUGAGAUUUGCCAACAUGAAAGAAGGUGCCAAAAUUGUCUCCUCAAAAGCAUUCUGUCCACUUAAUUUCAGAAUUACAGACAGGAAUUUAAGUGAUAUUGGGGCUAUAAUGAAUGUAACCGAGUUAUCCCCUCUCCGUGGUGAGGUGUCCUGGACAGGCAAACCUGUGACCUACUUUCUCCAUACAAUAGAUAGGGCAAUGCUUGAGAAGUAUUUCCUGAGGAUGAAAAAUCCCAAGUUGAAGGAUGAAGAGGAUGUAAGAAAGGAUCGUAAAGGUCGACUGCUGACCUUGAGAGAUAAAAAUAACAUCGAGAAUAAAGAGAAGGAGGAAGUUAAGAAUGGGGUCUUGAAACGCAGAAGCAGGGCCUGUGUGAAUGCCUUGGAUAGCUGUUCCAAUAGUUCCUUCCCGGCAUCUCGGAACUUGGACUUUGACAGCGCCAGUAACACCAGUACAGGGACAAGUACCACCAUGGACGAAAAUAACCAGGUAUUUGGGGCUACCACCCGAAGACAGUGGUCGGAAACAAUCAGCAAAUCCAAAGCCUCAGCCUUUUUGUCUGCCUGGGAUGGGGAAGAAAGUGAAAAUUCUCAUGUGGAUGUUGAAGAAGAAGAACCAACAAAAGAGACAAAGACAGCAGUGAAGACAGCGAGGAAUAAGAGAGCUGUCAAAAAGGACAAGCCCGCGGGGGGGAGAAAGAGAACAAAUUUUAGUCGCCAGUCUCGUGUGAAGAAAAACAAAGAAAAGGCCAAAUCCAAAGUCCUUGGUCUAGACAGUCUGAACUUGCUGCAUACUCACACAUUAAUGUCAACAGCAAAGUCUGAUUCUCCACCUGAGAACACCAUGAAGUGGAAUGACCUCAGUAUGACCUCUGUAUCCUCGUCGUACUUCAAACCCACCACUCAGAGUCGGUCAAUCUCCUCCCUGGAGUCAGAGCCCCCCGCCCUGCAGCAUCUGCUAGAUUUGUUUAAACAACAGUACAUGCAGUUCAUGUCUUACAUGAAAAGCCCACAGUAUAAAAUUGCCAUUCAGCAAGAAAUUGAGAAGGAAAAGCAAAGACAGUUACAGUUGAGGGCCAAAGCCCUGCACCUUGAGACCCAGAUAUCAGGACUGCAGAAAGAGGGCGUGUCAAGACUCAAACAGAGAAUGAAGGAGCUGGGUAUUAAUGCUGAGAAUCCAUCUGAGUUUUUAACGCAAGCAAAGAAGAUAGUAACUGGACAUAAGGAGCUACAGGGUCAUUUGAGUAGCCUCCAGGGUCAAGUGUCCAAUCUGGAGGCAGAGAGGAACAAACUAAUGAGUGAAACAAAUCAGCAAGUCCUUAGUCAGAAAUUGAAUGGAAACAAGAAUGGAUUUAUCAAACCAGAGCUAACCAAUGAUCUGAUGAAGCAUGUCAGCACCACCUACUCCCAGAAGAAGAAGUUACUUAACAAAGUCAAGGAGCUUGAGGCUGAGGUACAGGCUCUGGAGAGUGAGAACCAGCAUCUGUCGGAAGUCGAGAAGGAGAACUUCCUCCUUAUAGCUCAGGGUCAGAAACCUGUGCCAAAUCUAUAUCAACGACUAGGGGAUAUACCUAAGGCAGCUAUACCAUCAUCCAUAGCUAUCCCAUCAACCACCACCACUAUCCCGUCAUGCACAACUGUCCCAUCAACCUUAACUGCACCAUCAACCACAUCUAUGUCAUUAGCCACAAGUGUCCCAUCCAUGAAGAGUGUCAGCAAUGCCCAAGUAGUGAAUGCAUCUGUGAAGUGUAGCCAAGUAAAGGAGGCUGUUCCUGUAGGAAUGAGGAGUAUUCUAUCCCCUACUUCUCGAAGCUCAGGGAUCAUACCAUCAUCUUCUGUAGGGCAAACCACAGCAGCUUCAGUGUCCACUGCACCAGUAUCAGUAGUCUCCUCAAAGCCAGAUCUGAAAGUGAAAAACGCUUUGUCUUUACAAUCCCUACUGGAGGCAAGUGCUUUACAGAGAGAGAAAAGUAAGGAUAGUUACGUCAAGUCCAUUGUUCCUGUGUUGGCCAUGGUGGAUAAUGGUAAAAGCCAUGUUAAAAAGGAGAGCAUGUUGAAACCUGUAAAUGGUGUAAAGCAGAAAAUUAUAGCCCUCCAGGCACUUAAAGAUGGGGGACCCAAACCUUCUCUCCCUGUUAGUAUACCACUGGGAAAGGUGAAGUCGGAGGAGGGUCAGACCAAACCCUCCCUCCCGGUCAGUAUCCCCCUAGAUAAAGCAAGACUAGAGGAGAAGAACAGAGCAGGUCCAGUUGUAAAGGAAGAAAUGACCAAGGCUGAAAGACUAAUGGCCAUGUACUCUCCAAUCAGCAGGUCAAGUAGUGUGGACAGUACAGAUGCACCGGAGGAAUUGGGUCAGAGUUCAGGGGUCAGUAGCUUCGGUUAUUCUCCAGCAAACUCUCAGAGUCGAAACAGUAGUAACAGAGGCAGGACUAUAAACAAUUACAUAAAAGCUGUGGUGAAGGAUCAAAUUACAGGCAAAGCCAAGUCAGGAUCAACCACUACAACUCAUUUAAGCUAUUCUAAAUCCGAUGAAAGAACCAUGUCACAAAAGCUGAACCUAGCUGAAGCCUUGAUACAGAUGUCAGAAGCUCACAAUCAUGUGAAGCCUAACUGUGUGCCAACAUUCAACAAUCACAGCCAUUCUAAACAACCCGCUACCAUCAAACGUAAACCAAAUGAUUCUACUUCUCCCAGCGUGGCUAAGAAACCAAGAACAGAUUUAUCUCGGACGUCACCAGCUUCCAGUAAAUCCAUGACACCAGUGAGAACCCCAGGCCUGGAGUCUGCCUCCAGCUCCUGUAGAAACAGUCCCCUGUUCACAAAGGCAGCGGUUAAAGAACAUAGAACUGACAAAUCCUACAGACAUUCUAGCAGUAAGCCUAAACCAAAAGAAAUCACCAGUGGCUUUGAUGCCCUGGUAGCUCUGGCCUCCUCUGAACUAACUAAAAAUAAACGCACAGAAAAACAGCUGAAAUCUGGUUAUCAUCACCAUAACAAUGUGCACAAGAAAUCUUCAUCUCGAUCUCACCAGGACCAUUCCAGAAGUGCUCCUUAUACUAAAAUAAAACCCUCAGGGCCUAGAACACCCCCUGGUAGCCCCCCGGCUCACAAACAGGGCCCAAGGACACCCCCGGGGUCCCCCAGUCAGUUUGUGAACAAUCGAAGGAAUGACAUGAGAACGCAUGUAAAUGGUCGACAUAGAAACUUGUCAAAUCGUGGUCGAACCCAGUACAGGAGAAGUGAUACUCACGGUUCGUACAGUAGCAAGAGUCGGAGUUCCAGUUACGACUCGAGUCGCAGUAGUCGAUCCCGAUCCUCCAGUAGCUCCUCGUGUAGUUCUGGAUGCUCAUAUUCCAGCAGAAGUCGAUCGCGCAGUUCGAGCUGUAGCAGUAGUUGUAGCAGAGGGCCACCAGCUAAAAGGUCACCAGUCAAACAACCUGCUACACCUAAACCUGGUGCAAAACCCAUGAAAGUUAGCACUUCUUUCCAACCGAUAGCAUUAAAAACCAGUAUAGGCAAUGCAACCUUAAAUGGCAGCUAUCGUAUAGUGAACAGUAACACAACUGUGAAUAAUCCAACAAUGAUGAUAAUGGCCAACAAUGCAGUAAAAUCAGGGAAUAAUUUAAUACAAACUGCUGCUCUGGGAAACCAGACUAUUCCUGCUUCGUCUUUGAACAAUGUUGUUGUUCUGCAGUUGAUGCCUCAGAGCUCAGGGACCCCUGGGCAGAUUAUUAGAACUUCUAUACCAGGGACACUUGUGACAUCCCAACCACCUCCAUCUCAGGGAAAGGCUGUCAACAACUUCACCCAGCCAUUACAACAGUGUUCACAGGUCCCCCCACCCCCUCCUCCCCCUGGUAGCAAUGUAGUCCCACUCACUAAUGGAUUAGUACCCCCAGCUAAUGGUGUCCAGCCAAAUGGGCCUAGUUUUCAGUUUACCAUAGAUAACCGAGGAGGUACAGUUCAGGCGUUUAAUUUUCCAGACUUAACGAGACCACCACCUAACAUUGCAGUGAAACCAUCCAAUGGUACUCUUCCAAUGCCUGUAGCCAAUACUAACAGACCUCUGCUACCCUUACCCAAAGGUCAACAGAAGAGAAUGCCCUCUCCCCAUGGGCAGUCUCCAAUCCUUACUGUAAACCACAGACCACAAGGCAGUCCCAGUAAUGUGAACAUACAACCUAGACCUAACCUUAACACAGUACAAAAUGGAUUUCCCGAGAGACCAUACACUACAGUAGCCAAUAUGAACAACAAUUUUUCACCGCCACAAAAAUUCAGUGAAACACAGCGAGGGCCGGCACUCAAGCCCCGAAUUCCCCAGCAGAUAAAUACUUUCCGUGGAUCACCAGUGACCAUACAUCCAGCGCCAUCUGGUGUUUUACAGGGAGGUAACUCUAACCCAAGGCAGAGGUUUACUACUUUCACAGCAGUGCCAUUCCAGGUUUUUAACAAGGAUCAAGGCAAUAUUCAACAGCAGUUUGGAAACCAAAUGCAGACAGUUGUAGUUGAAGAAAAAAUUUCAUCCCCCUCAAAUAAAUAAAAUGGUUGGCAGAUGUAGUAAUCUGACCUUGCACAAUUCUUCAACCAGCCAGUAUACAGCAGAAAAGCACAGUUUCAGAGGCAGCCCUUCACACCGUACACAGGGAUAACUUUAUCAUCUUCAUUAAGCCUGAUCUCAAGGCAGCCAACAAUAUGUUGCAGAUCUACACUUAAAUAUCUUACAUUCACUGGAAUUAUAUUGUGUACUUUAUGUUUUACUUGCAAAAUUUUUUAAUUGAAUUUUUUUUUGAAUUUCGCACAAAGAAUUUGUGUCCAAAAUUGUGGAAGAUUUUUGGUCCAAAAUGUGUUUUAUGGAAAUAAUAGAUGCUGCUGUGUUUUUGAGUUAAUUUAUUUCAUGUUGAUUUUGUUUGCCUAGAAUGUUUGCUGUGUUAUCAUCACUAAAAUCAAAAUUUAGCAUGAAUGUAUAUGUACUUUCAUAUAAUUCGACAUACAUUUCCCAUAUAUUCAUUAUUCCCAAAUAUCCUUAUACAUGAAGUUCCUUAAGUUUAACUGGUGGCUUUUGUUUGGUAAUGUUGUGAAAGAAAUGUCAGAAAAAAAAAUUUGCUCAACGUAAAUAAUAUACCUUCAUUUGAUCUCCCCAUGCUUGCUAAUGUAAAUCGCACAAAGGCAAAAGAAUGAAAUACUUUUGUCUGGCUUUCAUUUAAAACCAUCCUUCAUUUUGUCAAUCCCAACCUAAUUUAUUUAUGGCAUGAAAUUAUUGAUAUUAAUUAACCCAUUUUUUAUACUUGCUUAAUUAUUUAUUUUGUAUCUUAAUGCUAAAGACUAAUUUUAUUUAAUUUUACUUGUAUUAAAGCUAAAACUAUUUUGAUGUGUAUUCCAUUUUACGCAAGAGUUUUGUCCCUUUGAUUUACCUCUCUUACUAGUAAGUGGCUUACAGUGUAUUAGAAGACAUGUAGUUUGCAUCGCAGAAAAAUAGUUUUCGAAUUAGA